AGAUUAUUGUAGCUCAAUGCCUUAUUGAGCUCACAGCCAUGGCGAGAAGCGAUCUUUUGACUUUUGUCUGGGCUAUUCUUCUGUUUCUGACUCCCCUUACGGUAGCUGAAGCGGAAUUGGUGAAACCUGACAAGUUUCCAGUAGUGGUGAGUACUUGGCCUUUUCUUGAAGCUGUUAGAGCCGCUUGGAGAGCAGUUGAUAAUGGCAGCUCUGCAGUAGAAGCUGUUGUGGAAGGUUGUUCUGCUUGUGAGGAACUUCGCUGUGACGGUACAGUUGGGCCUGGCGGAAGUCCGAACGAGAAUGGUGAGACCAUGAUUGAUGCUUUAGUCAUGGAUGGGGUGACUAUGGAGGUUGGAGCUGUUGCUGCAAUGCGGUAUGUUAAAGAUGGUAUUAGAGCUGCAAAUCUAGUGAUGAAAUACUCUCAACACACCUUGCUCGCGGGAGAAGGAGCAUCAACUUUUGCAAUCUCCAUGGGUCUUCCCGGACCCAUGAACUUAAGCUCCCCUGAAUCCGUAAAGAAGUGGUCAGACUGGAAAGAGAAUCGAUGUCAACCCAAUUUCAGGAAGAACGUACUCCCUGCAAAUGACUGUGGACCGUACAAGCCAAACAAUGGUGCUAUGACUGUUUUUGGAGAAAAACUUACUGAAUCUUGCCAAAUGAGAAAGAUUGAGUAUAGAACUCCUCUUGUUGGUCCUCACAAUCACGAUACCAUAUCAAUGGCUGUCAUUGACAAAAUGGGACAUAUAGCUGUUGGGACAUCGACCAAUGGAGCCACAUUCAAGAUUCCUGGAAGGGUCGGUGAUGGGCCUAUCGCUGGUUCAUCAGCCUACGCUGAUGAUGAAGUAGGUGGAUGUGGUGCAACUGGGGAUGGCGACACCAUGAUGCGCUUCCUCCCUUGUUACCAAGUUGUGGAGAGCAUGAGACGAGGAAUGAAACCAGAAGAAGCUGCAAAAGACGCAAUCUCGAGAAUAGCAAGGAAGUUUAGAGAUUUCGUGGGAGCCGUAGUGGCAGUUGACAAGAACGGGUCUCACGCAGGAGCUUGCCAUGGCUGGACGUUUCAGUACUCAGUACAGAACCCUGACAUGGACGACGUUCAAGUCUACACAGUGCUUCCAUGAAACCGGUAAAUUGUAUCUACUACUAGAUUAUAUGAAAACUGAGUUUCUUGAAAUUUGUUUAUGAAACAUCAUCAUAGGAUAGAAGGUUUCUUAAGUAGUUACAGAAACAGCACGAAGUUCAUGUCUGGAAAAACAGAAUGGCAAAUCUUGUUUGGAGUAUAGUAUUGAUUUUACUAAAAGAAAUAGAAAACUCUGUUCCCGAUUGGGCCGAUUUAAUUUGUCUGAAUUGAUCAGACAGAGACUAA